UUGACAGUGACGUGUAAGAUUCUACAAUAUUCGGCUAAUGGUUGUUUAUUGAUUGCAGUUUUAAAUAAAUUUUUAUUAAAUCAAGACAGAAACAUAAGUUUUAAUUAUGACGACUAAAAACAGAUCACUUGAUGGUUCUAAUAAAACUAAAACAAGCGAGUCGAUUUGGAAGAAAGCAUUAUCCUCAGACAGUGAAUGGCCAGACAAGGACGAAUUUUUGGAUGUUAUCUAUUGGAUGCGACAAGCGUUAGGCAUAAUAUUAGGUCUGUGCUGGGGCAUUCUGCCUUUGAAAGGACUUUUCGGUCUAUUGCUCUUUGUGGUUUUGAAUGCUGCUGUUAUUUACAUCUACGUCAGCAACUUUCAUAAUGUUGAUGAAGAGGAGUUUGGAGGAAUGUGGGAAAUAACCAAAGAGGGCUUUAUGACCUCAUUCGCUGGCUUCCUGGUGACCUGGACUAUAAUGUAUACCGGUUUACAUGGAAAUAGCAGCUUAUGAAAAAAAAAAUUUGCAGUAGAGCAAUAUAAUUAAGAUAUUUACAGAGUUUAGUACAAAAACAUGAUGUACUCAAAUGUUGAUUUUCAAUUGUACUAUAUCAGAAACACGCAAUAAUAUGAAAAUAGUUAUAAUAAAAUAUAAUAAUACACAUCGGUUAAUUUAUUAAUAAUAUAAUUUUAGUUGACUUUUGUAUGUUUGUUUAAAAAAAUAAUAAUGCCGCUAAGAAUUACUGGUUAUUGUCUGAUGUAAUGCCAAUGUUUUAUUGUGAGAUCAUUUUGGAGUGUGAACAAUGGCUUAUUUUAGUUUUUCGGUAUUGAAAGGUUGUGUUCGUUUAUGUAAACAAACAAAUAUUUAUUUUUUUCCUAUUCAAUGAACACAUUAUCUGCGUAGAUUUAUUAUCUACUGUACAUUUUAAGUGAAUAAUUAAUUGUUAAGUUUUACAUUGUCUUAAUAUGGGAUAUGUACAUUUUAUUUCAUCACCAUUGCUGUAGUGUUUCGUAAUUUUUGUAAACGUACCUCCGGCAUGAUCGGACCCUGUACUUGUGAGUUUAUUUUGAACAAAUAUUAUAAUGGUUGUUUUAUUA